AUGUCACGCUUUGUACCGACUAAUCUUGUUGUCGCUGGUAUGUUAAUGCCAAAUCCUAGUGUUGCAAUCUCUCGCAUACUUACAAAUUUUCUUGUGCCAACAAUUCCACCACUCAUACUCUCGCAACUUGAAAAGACAAGAUUAUUAAAAAAUAAUCUUAAGCUUGCUGUUCCAAUUAACUUUGGUCUUAUAACGUUAUCAUUAACAAUCGCCUUACCAUUAGCAAUCGCAGCUUUUCCGCAAAAAGCUGUUAUAGAUCCAUUAAAAUUAGAAGAUACAUUUUGGAAUUUAAAAGAUAAAAAUGGAGAAGCCAUAAGACAAGUAUUUUUAUAA